AUGUGUGGGGGCACUUGGAAGACCUGGGUAACUGAAAACACAAUCUCCUGGAAUGCAUCAGUACAUGAAACAAAUCACUCUGUGGUGACUGAGUUUAUUUUUCUUGGACUCUCCAAGUCUUGGGAGCUUCAGAUUUUCUUAUUUAUGUUCUUUUUAGUUUUCUACAUAGGAAUUGUUUUGGGAAACCUUCUUAUUAUCUUAACUGUGGCUUCUGACUCCUACCUUCACUCCCCCAUGUACUUUCUGCUGGCCAACCUCUCGCUCAUCGACCUGUCUCUGUCCUCAGUCACAGCUCCCAAGAUGAUCUGUGACUUCUUCAGCAAGCACAAAGUCAUCUCUGUCAAGGGAUGCUUUGCACAGAUAUUUCUCCUUCACUUUUUUGGCGGGAGUGAGCUGGUGAUCCUCAUUGCCAUGGCUUUUGACAGGUAUGUGGCGAUUUGCAAGCCCCUGCGCUACACGGCAAUCAUGUGUGGCAAUGUGUGUGUGGGGAUUGUGGCUGCUGCCUGGGGGACUGGCUUCCUCCACUCUGUGAGCCAGCUGGCGUUUGCAGUGAACUUGCCCUUCUGUGGUCCCAACAAGAUUGACAGCUUCUACUGCGACCUCCCAAAGGUAGUCAGACUUGCCUGCACCGACACCUACCGGCUAGACAUCAUGGUCAUCGCCAACAGCGGGGUGCUCACGGUGUGCUCUUUUGUUCUCUUGAUCAUUUCCUACACUAUCAUCAUACUGACGGUCAAGCGCUGCCCUUCAGAUCGGUCCUCCAAGGCCCUGACCACACUGACGGCUCACAUCACAGUGGUCCUUCUGUUUUUUGGGCCAUGCAUCCUCAUUUACGCCUGGCCAUUUGCGGUGGAGUCCUUGGACAAAUUCCUCGCUGUGUUCUACUCUGUGGUCACUCCGCUCUUGAACCCCAUCGUGUAUACGCUGAGGAACAAAGACAUGAAGACUGCCCUGCGGCGACUGAGAAAACAGAACAUGAACUCCACCGGAGGUUGA